CGAAGCUCGGGGCGGAGAGCCCCAUGAGUGGUGGGAUAAAUGCGGGAGCUCGCAUCAUCACUCUCUUUGAGACCUUGUCUCCAACUCUUCUCCUUCCUCGAUUGCCGAGGGUUCCUCCAACAAUAAUAUAUUUUUCGGUAUUUUGCCUUAACUCAGGGUUCCAGGCAUCUGAGAGACAAGUCUAGUCUCAACCGACUUGCACUUUUCUGGGUAGCUCUAUUCAGGUUGUAGUCAGGCCAAACAAAGACAUUUGACUUGGUGUUGCAGGUCUACUGUAACUUAUCUCCAGUAUUCUUUGCCCGGCUUCGCUCGUAGCCGUAGCAAGCCCAACAACAACAACAUGCCGUCCUUCACGCGUCUCGUCCGCUUCCUCGCCACAGAUGGCAACGUGUACUACGGCGACGCCAACUUGCCCGAGGGCGAGGCCGACAUCGCCAAGACGACAAAGGCCCGCAUCAUAACCGGCAACAUCUUUGGCAAGCACGACGUCACCGACCAGGUUGCCAUCGUGCGCCUCCUGCUCUCCCCGCUUGCCCUCGAGGAUGUGCAGACCGUGCGGUGUCUUGGGCUCAACUACGCUCUCCAUGCUAAGGAGUCGAACAUGGCCAUUCCGAAGUAUCCAGUACUCUUUUACAAGCCAGUGACAUCCCUCUCUGGCCCGACGGACCCGAUCCCAGUCCACGCGCUGGCCCAGGAGGGCGAGGGCCUCGACUAUGAGUGUGAGCUCGUCGCCGUCAUCGGCAAGGUCUGCAGAGACGUGUCCGAGGCCGACGCGCUCGACCAUGUCCUCGGCUACGCCGUGGGCAACGACGUGUCACACCGGGACUGGCAGAUCGCCAAGGGUGGCGGGCAGUGGUCUCUUGGUAAAGGGUUCGACGGUUGGGCGCCAUACGGCCCGGGAAUCGUGUCGUCCCACAUCAUCAAAGACCCGCAGGCUCUGCGCAUCAGCACAAAGCUCAACGGCAAGACAGUCCAGGACUCUAAUACAAGCGACAUGAUCUUCAACAUCCGCCAGACGAUCGCCUUCCUGAGUAAAGGCACCACUCUGCUCCCGGGCGACGUGAUCUUCACGGGGACUCCGUCGGGCGUGGGCAUGGGCCGCAACCCAAAGCUGUGGCUCAAGGACGGUGACGUGGUCGAGGUCAGCCUUGAAGGCGUCGGAACGAUCAAGAACAGGGUCGAGUUUGCUGGAUCCCCGCGGUCUAAGCUGUAGAGUGGGUGAACUGUGGUUUCUGGGACACUUGGCCACGAGACAGGUAUGUCUUUGUUCGUGUUACAUGAACUCUAGAUGUCUCAAAUAUACAAGAACCCGCUGGUAGUUAACCGGUUGGGCAAUGUCUAUCGGAAAAUUUGCAUGGAGUA